AGUAGAGUUGUACACGUGUUCGUUUGUUUUCUUUUUAACGCAUUAUUGAGAAGACACGAAAAUGGAAAUGAAAAAGAAAUCAGAAUAUGAAACAACCAUUUUCGAUCUCGACAUUUUACAUUUUAACAGAAUGGAUUGGGACAUAUUUAGAAAAAAUUGAGCCAGAGGCUACAGAAAUAGAAAUUGCAAUAAUUGAAAUUUUACCAAUGAUGUACAUACAAACCAGUUCUAGAAGUCCUCUGAAAAAAACUUUAUCUAGUAUUUUGAGAAACAUUCCUGAUUAUCACAAUGAACGAAUGAAUAAAGCAUUAAAAAAUUAUCUUGAUUUGAUUUGUACAUCUGAAGAUUUAUCAUUGUCUUCAAUAAAACACACUACUGAAAACUUACAUCUCUGUAUGGAUAAUUUAUAUAUUGGUAAUAAUUACAUUUUAGAAAAUUAUGUAAAUGUUUUUGCUUUUAUCAAUAAAUCACUUGAUUUUAUUCUGGAGUCUUUAAGAAAGGAUAUUAGUCCACAAGAGAUGACAGAUGUAUAUAAUAUUUCUCUUAAUGUAAUUAAAACUUUGACAGUGAUUUUACAACAGUUUUUUUUACAACUUCAAAAUCAUUUGAAGAAUAAUGAUAAGAAUUGUAUAUUAUAUUUAAUAAAUAUAUACAAGUGUCUUGAAAAACUUCUUGCAGAAGAAUCUACUUUACUGAACUGUAAAAUAAACUGUGGUAUUGCAUUACCACUCCUUAUUAAACUUACAGAUAUGAAAAUAUUUUCUAUGGUAAAUAAUCAAAAUUCAAUGUCAUAUAAUUUUGAAGAUCAAUUUUCAAAGUAUGUUUACAAGUUUCCAUCAUCUUCCCAAUUAUGUCUUUGGAGUGGUAUUUUAGCAGGAAUGCCUAUUAAAGAACUUACAAGACCAAAUUCAAAUCAGAAAAAUUUUUUUGUUAAUAUUAUUUUACCAGAAAUUUGGAAAUUAACUGAAAGUAUUAAUGAUUCAUCAAUGAGUCUUGCAUGUUCAAGAAUAAUUCAUCAGUGGACAGAUGUGGCAUGCAAAGCAUUGCUUGAAAAAACCUACUUUACUCAUUUGUCUAAACAACUUUCAGGAGAUAGCAUAGUAAUAAAUGAAUUGUUGAAAUACAUCUGGAGUCACUGGGAUCAUUUUGUCGAUGUAAGUUUGAUCAACGUUCUAUUUCAUUUUAGGGUAUUUAUUAUGUUUCUCAUAUAUCAUUGUUCUGUUAUAGGUACAUUCUGUCUUUUGAAUAACCUUUCUCUUGCCUAUUAGUUUAUUUAAAAUAAGCAUUUUAUAAGAACAGAACUAAUUUUAAAUAUGAAAAUAAAAACUUCAUGUAGUAUAAAAUAUAAUCAUUAAGAACACGAUAUUGAUAUUUGAUAAAUAUUCAUUUGAUUGAAAUAUUUUUAUUUCUUAUCAAUAUACAGCAUGUCCCUUCAAGACUGCAUAAAUUCUGCAGAGUGAGAA